CACGUACUGUAGUAAGAAGGUUUGAGGCCGUGAAAAUUAAGCGUUUGGUUGUUCUCUCGUUUUUGGUUCUCCUUUUCGCAAUUUUGGUAUUCAGGAGAUAUAAAAUGGUAGUAGCUCGUGGUGUUGAUCGGAUCGAAACAUCCCGACAGAUGAGAGAAGGAGGCGGAUUUCUGAUCCGAAGACCCAUCGGAGAUAAAAUCAACCAGUGCGAUCCAUUCUUGCUGUUAGAUCAUAUGGGUCCUGUUAUUUACGGCCCUGGAGAGGCUGUUGGAGCUCCUGAUCACCCUCAUCGAGGAUUUGAAACUGUCACCUAUCUGAUUGACGGUAAGAAAGAAAAAUGGUUUCUUUUCUCGGCCGUGUUACUUAACGUAAGCUUAUUUGACAAGGUACUUAACUAAUCAGCGGGGGACUCAAGUAAUGACAUUGCAGAAAAGCCACCAUUCAUAAAAAAAUUAUAAAAAGAUCCCUGAUCGAUCAAGCCCUGAGUUUUUCUCGCCUAAGAAGGCUUCGAGAUUCCAAUAUUAAAGAAAGAUUUGUGAAAUAGUUAAGAUUGUGAUGCCUACAGAUCUGUUUCAAAAUGCAAACAAAAAAAAACAUUGAGCCCACCUGCUAUUUAACUAAAUUUUUGGAGAGAACAUUUCUGACCCCUUACAAUAUUGACCCCUAAGUAACAGUGUACACGGGAUAUAUAAAGUACAAUGAUUCCCACUACGUUUGCACGUAGUACAAGUUUGACUGGUAUAAAUCUUGUACUGACUUCUGUGAUUAUCUAUUUUUAUUCCUUAAAAUAUUUCCAUUUUUUAUCAUAGCACUAGCAGCACUUUGUUUUGUCUUUCUCAGGAGAGAUGAAACAUCAAGACAGUGCUGGGAACAGUGGUGUUUUGAAACCAGGUUGGGUACAGUGGAUGACCGCAGGUUCUGGUGUUGUGCACAGUGAAAUGCCUUCAGAUGAUGUUUUAAACAAAGGUGGAAGAUCAGAGGGAUUCCAGCUUUGGGUGAACUUAUUAAACCACGAUACCAGGACAAAAAAAAUUCCUGACAAGAUGAUUAAACCACUGUCUUGUAUCUGACAAAGGACACCCUGACCUGAAAAUGCUUUAACAAAAUUCCUGUAGUUACCAGUGAAGGAAAAAUGAAUCUUGUACUGUUGAAAUUCAUUUUCUGCUGUCUUGUUUCUGACAAAUCAAUUUUAGAAAAUAUUGACAACCCAUAACUGCCUCGGACCUGAAAAAACGCCUUUAAGAAUGCCCUACAACUAGCAACGGAUUCAACUUUUGAAUAAUAAAUUCAUUAAUGGAUUCUUGGGGGGUACGCUUGACCUGGUUUGACUGUAACCCUUUAAGCCCCAAUAUCCACAUACAAAUUCUCCAAACUGGUCUUUAUACAUUUCCUUAAGGAAUAAGUUGAGAGAAUUUGGUAGAAGAUCAAAGCAUUUUCUCUUAGGUGAUCAUUUUAUUAACUCUCAUAACCAUUUCUCUUGGUAACAUAUGGGUAUUGUUAGGAGAAAAUUGAUCUUGGUCACUAUUGGUACUUAAAUGGUUAAUUCUCCAGACUGAUCUUUAUACAUUUCCUUAAAGAAUUAGUUGAGAGAAUUUAAUAACAGAUCAAAGCAUUUUUCUUUCAGUGAUGAUGUGAUUAAUUCUCAUAACAGGGACAGAUCCAGAAUUUUUUUUAGGAGGGGGUGCACUCUUCUCUUGCUCUACUUCAACACCAAUAAACCACAUAGUUUUUUUUUUGCAGAAUACCAGUUGUAUUAGAAAACCACAGGUCAUCUCAGGAGGGGGGGGGGCACCCCCUGCACCCUCCCCCUGGAUCCACCCCUGCAUAAACAUUUCUCUUAACAUUUCCUUGUUAUUGUUAGGGAAAAUUGAUGUUGGUCAUUUAUGGGACAUAGAGUGAUAAAAAAGUGUGUGUGAAUCAAGCCGCCACACUUGAGUCAACCAAUGACCAGCUUGCGUGAAAAAAUGUUUGUAAAUAAUUUCCCAUAUUAAUGUCUUAUUUGGACCUUGUAGAGUGGUUGUCUGACAUGCAUAAUAUGUUGUAUCAUCCUCUUUUUACCUGUAGAUGGAAAGACCAAAGUCAAGGUAAUAGCUGGAGAGAGUUUGGGUGCAAAAGCUGUUAUAGACACACGAACACCAAUAAUGUACCUAGAUAUCCACGUGCAGGCAGGUGGAACAUUUGUUCAGGAUGUUCCUGAGGAAUAUAAUGGCUUUGCUUAUGUUUGGAGGGGAAGUGGUUCAUUCACUGAGGACAGAAUCUCAGUUCAGAUGGGAAAGGUAAAAUUUAAAAAAACUGAAAAAUCUACAGAGGUUUUUUGUCAAGUAGUUUCAGAGGGGGGCUCCCAUAUGAAAGACCGACAGGGAUGCUUGUUGUCUUACUCGGAGGUAGAAGUUGAUGAAAAUGGUCUCACUUACAGUGUUCAGGACACUGAAAGCCAAUAUUUUUACCCAUAACAUGCAUGAGUAAAGAAAGGUCUUAUAUAUAAAAAAAACAAAUGCUGUCAUACUGUGUCAAAGUAUAGUUCUAAAUUUUCCAAAGAGGAUCCUGUCUCUUUCACCUCCCCCCCACCCCCCAAGGAAUAACUUGUAUGUCCUCCACUUGUGUUAUUGUUACAGGUAACUGUUUAACAUACAUGGAGAAUAAGACUAAUGAUAAAUAAAAGAAACUCCUGUAUUAUAAUUUGUUGGAAUCUUGGACUGGACUGUUAAUGAACAGGACAAUGACCUCACCUGCCAUUGCACUAUUAUACCAAGUGAAUAGCAAGUCUCAAGUCCCAUCACAAAGAAUGCAGUAAUGAUUCCCUGUCAAUAAAAAAACUUCACACAAUAGAAGACAUAUAAUGACGCAAUAGUUUGACAUCAGCUGGGAUAUCGAGCAUCAUGCACCCUGUUAUUGCUUGUCUUUUUUAAAUGCAAUUUAUUGGUGAUGAAUAUCUAACACAAUCAGGGUGUAUUAAUGUAAAGUACUGUACAGUUUAUUAGUUUGCAACUAACUCUAUCUUAAUGCACACCUCACUAAAACGAGACACCUAGAGUUGGUCCCUGCCUAAUUCUUUACUCCUUUUGUUAACUCUCCACAAAACAGACAUCUCUGUAAAAUGACGGAAGACAGACACACAGUGCCUGCCAGUCCCAUAGGUGUCCAUCUCGGAGAGAGUUAAUUGAACUGUCAAUGCAAUGGUUGAAAUACAUAAUUACAUAGUUAAAUGAAAUAUUAUAUUUCUAUGUUGUCAUUAAUUUAAUCUUCUGCUAAUAUCCUGCUACCUGCAGGUUGCCUUGUUGGGAAAGGGAAACACGUUUCAAAUUACUGCAAGUCCCGAUGAAGACCUUCAUGUUCUGCUCAUAGCAGGUGUGCCAAUUAAGGAACCCCUUGCACGUCAUGGACCAUUUGUCAUGAACACUUGGGAAGAAAUAGAGCAAUGCUUCAGCGACUACCAUGCAGGAAAACUGGGCUCGAUUGAAGGAUCUGAAGAGCGCUAUGCUAAAACAAAGAAAGCAGUCAGUAAACAGAAAGAAACAGGGUCAUGGAAUAAAAAAUAAAUUGAUUAAUUGUUAUGCAUUAUGUGCAAGUAGAUAAUAAUCUAGCGUUAGUGAUCAUAUAUUUUAUCAUUGGUAAUAAUCAAAUUAGCCCAGCC